ACCUUUUUCGAUCGCCCUUGGCCCAACUUAACACAAAGGAACUCGAUCAACUGCCCACUUUCUAUUUUGAACUCUCACAUUCAUCAUUCCUCCUUUUCGUCCUAGAAACAAAUUUCGGAAAUUUUAUCGUUACAUAUUUAUUCUACCAGAGCAUCAAUAAAUAGAAAAUGGCAAAUCAUAACGUCAACAGGGAUUCGAAGAAAUUUUUAUAUGGGUUCGUCAUCACCGGAAUGUUCUUUGUCUACACGUUCUUCGCACUUUUUGUCGUAUAUUUUAUGACGGGGCCAGGCGAAGUGACACUGACCCCGGGCGAGAGAGUAAUUUACAACUGUGUCCGUUUCUGCGCUUAUCUUUUGACAUUGAUCUUUCUCAUUUUUGUGAGCCUGACGACUGGCGUAUAUCAACUCUACCUCAAAAUUGAAUUGAAGAAGGACGCGGGCAACAAUUUACGAAAUCAGGAUGAAAAUGACUCAAAACCGAAAUCUGUGAAGAGCUCCAAAUCAAUAAAGAAUUAUGCAUGCAAAUAUUGCGGAAAGGUGUUUCAGAAUUGUGCUAAUUUCACCAUUCAUGAGAGGACGCACACUGGAGAGAGGCCGUUCUCUUGCGAUAUUUGUGGGGAGGCGUUUAUCAAGUUCAGUCUUCUUAAGGAUCAUGGAUCCAUUCACGCCUAAGUGAAAUCAUUCAAGGGUACAGAGUGACUUUUGGAGGCCUUGCUACUCAGAGCCAAAAUAUUACAAGUUCAUUCGCAAGUAAAUUUUAGUACCAGAAAUUAGACUUUCUUACAGUUUUCAUGUUCUAAAUUUCCCCUCAAAAAUUACCAGCCUAGGUAAAUUUCGUUUUUUCACUUUCAACUCAAUUUCUCAUUUAACGGUUGACGGUUAUAAAAUAUUUUUUAAAAUAUUAGUUUAAGUGUUAAAAAUGGUUUGUUUAUCAUUACAAACUUGGUACGUAUUUAUUUCCGGUCGUGAAAAUCUCUAAAGUAAUUUGAAUUACAAAACUUGGGCCAGAAAUCAAUUCACAAUAUUCCAAAAUAAUACUUAAAAUUAUUUCGUAUUGAUGAUUACACUUUUUAAAAAUUCGUUUUCAUCAUACACAAAUUAGUACUACUUCCGUUAUUUGGUUUAUUAAAAAUCACUAAUCACUUAAUUGCAAACCUCACAAACGGGGAAAUAUGCAUGCAAACUAGUAAUAAAGAAUUUGUACUAAA